CCUGCAUAAUCAACACUGUUGUUGUAAAGCAACUUUUUAAAAGUGGUCUUGAAACAGCUUCCUUAUUAUAAUACACAGAAUACAUUGUCAGCGCAACAACUCACAGCUGCUAUGUAUCUUAGCACUGCUGUAUAAAAGGACAGAGUUAUUUUCACAAAAAUGGGCAGGAGUUGUGCACAACUGGAAUGAUUGCUCUUCAUACAGCUGCACACUUCACCUCAGCAAAGCCUCUACGACCAUCAGAAAGAAUUAUGGCUUACGAUUCUCUGCACUGGACAAACACAACUAUAGCAACCACAAAGCUACAGUUGGUAACGGAGCCCAAGUUCAACCUAACUGCUGCUGCAAUUGAAAGGAUGAUUUACAUUGUAAUCUACAGCACUGUAUUCACAGCUGGACUAAUUGAGAAUAGCAUCUCUGUAUGGGUCUUCUGCAGUCGCAUGAAAACAAAGACUAUAACCAGUAUUUAUAUGUUAAAUCUUGCAAUAGCUGAUCUCUGCCUCAUUCUGACUUUGCCUUUACGUAUUACAUAUCAUAUACUCGAAAGUAACUGGCCAUUUGGAGAGACAGCCUGCAGAAUCACCGGCUUUCUUUUUCACCUUGACUUGUACAGCAGUGUCUAUUUUCUUACCUGCAUCAGUAUUGAUCGUUACCUGGCAAUAGUGCACCCAGUUCGAUCGCUCAGCUUUCGAAAAGUCCGCUAUGCAAAAAUAAUCAGUGCAACAGUGUGGGUUACUGCUAUACUUGGAACUUUUCAGCUCGCAGUGACCACUCAGUCUGUACAGGCACAAGAGAACACUACUGUGUGUCUGCAAUUAUAUAGAGAGAAGCCAUCACUCUAUGCUUCUGGUGCUCUGAUAGUUGGGUUUCUUUUUCCAUUUCUAGUCAUUAUCUGUUGCUAUCUAUGCAUAAUCAAACAUCUUCAGUCAUACAGGAGACUUGACCAUAAGCACAAAGCCUCCAGAAUGAUUUUUACAGUAUUAACGGUCUUUCUGGUUUGUUUCUUACCAUAUCAUAUUGCCCGUUUACUGUACAUUAUUAUGGCAAAUCAGCAUUUGGAGUCAACAGCCAAAAUUGAGAGUCUUGCCAUCAUUAACCGUGCUUUCUUUUGUUUAGCCAGCAUUAACUGCUGCUUAGACCCAGUGGUUUACUUUUUUGUAGGGGAGAAUUUUAGGGAGUCUCUUUACAGAGAGGAAAAGUGGAAGAGUACAACUGAAUAUAACAGCCAAGAAACUCACCCCAGUGUUAACACCACUACAAUAGACGGUACAUAAAUACAGUAUUUGAUGAGGAAUUAUGAAACUAGAUUUUUAUGAAAGGCUGUCUUUUGUGGCUUCACCUAAAGUCAUACUGUUCUCCAUUUAUAGCAGUGGUCUCGUUAAAGCAACUACUAAAAAAACAAAUUGCUAAACAGUAUAUCCACGUGGUAAAUUAAAAUCACUGCAAGCUACCAGUAAUCUUUGUCUCAGUUGAAUGAUUUUCUUUUUUCAGAUUCCUCCAGGUCCACUUCCAAACCAUAAGAUUUGGCAAAUAAACCCGCUCCUCAGCCUCCCUCGCUGUGCAAGAACCACCUAACUUUUUGAGGCUUUCAUUAAUGCAGGCUCAAACUUCUGAACGAGCAGCCUACAUCAGUAGCAACAUCAACAUUAGCUAACUCACAACUAAUCUUAGGAUAAUACAAAAAGCCAACUUUUCCAAACUUUACCUUUUGUCAUUUGUGAUGAAGUCUGAUAAUUUUUUUUACUACGUUCCACAUUUAUAAUGGAGUUUUCAGACUUUGGACUUGCAGAAUAGAAUGAGCAGGAAUUAGCAAGUUUGUAGAAAAUAGCCAGAAUAGCAAAAAUAAGUAAAUGGAAAAAGAACAAAAGAAAUGUAACCUGAAGAUUUAUUAUUUAGACUGACAUAGAAAAGCUGGUCAUUCUCUCGGUCAAUUUUAAACCCAACCACACUUAAAAUCUAAACACAGUUUUUCUUUCAAUGUUUUGGUGGGCCUCUCUAUUGUGAUAC